CUACCCACUGCCGCUGCCACUCGCACCGCCGCGCCCCCUCGUUCACCACGAACGACCGAGCCAGACCCAGCGCCAGCACCAGCACCAGCACCAGAACCAGCCCAGCAGAGCCCAGCGCUCUGACAGCCGUGCCCCCAACGCGUCCCAGCAUCUUGAAUGAGCCCAUCGCCCGACCCCGUCGCUGAGCACACCAAGCCCGUCUCGAACCUGACGUCUCUCCACCAGCAGCAGCGCAACCGCACAAAGGCCUUCGACACGCCCCAGCCGCGCGGGCGCCACACGUCGAGAUAUGAGCUGGGAAGACGAGAUAGGCUGGGGGAGCGGGUUACGCGCAUCUACCCCAGAGACAUAACAAACUCGCCCGCGACCAGGCCCUUCUCCUCGACCUCGCCGCCGGGCCCGCCGAGCUACAAUGCAACCACGUCUCCGCUGCUCUCGGCCCUUGGCGCCACCAGAACCACGGCUGAGUGGACCAAGUCGCUACCGUUCUUUGCCAACCAAGCCUCGCCAGCCAACGGCGGCAUCGUCAUCGCUGGCUCCCCGCCCACCUUCCACAACUCGCCCGGCGCCCGAGACGGCCUCUACGCCCAGCCGUCCAUGUCCAACUCGCCGCCAGCGUCCCACAUGAGGCCCCUGAGCCACCCCAACCAGAACACUAGCUUCGGCGGGCGCAUGCACAUCUCUCCGCGCGAAUCGCCUGGCAGAGAUCGAAGGGCCUCCAUGUACUCACAGUCCGGCGCCCGUCCACCGUCACAGCAGUUCCCCGCAAACCCACCCCUGCCACACCACCUGCAACCCCACUACUACGGCCUGCCCAAUCUCGACCUGGGCUUGGACACUGCUGUGGAUGGCAUGCAGCCAGGUGAAGGAGGCUACUACUGUGGCUUUGAUACUUUGGCCAUGGCAGGGGACGAAGCUGCUCAGCCCUCCGAGAACGUGCUGCUCGUCGGUUGUCAGGGCGGUCUGGACGUCUUCCGAGUCGAGCAGGGUAAGCUGGACAUUGUGGGCCGCUUAGAGGGUCUCAGAGGUGCUGUAAUAAGUGCCAAGAUCCUCCCUUGGGCCUCCAGAACGGAUCCAUUUGCUGCAUCCAGACCACUCAUUGCACUCAUACUCCACGGACCUGUCACCAAGGACAGCAGAAGCAGUAGCGGGAGUGGUUCUUCGUCGGUCGUCGAUGACUCCGCCUCUGACUCCCCAAGUAGACCAUCUUCCAUCCACGGGAACGACUCCGCAACCCAAGUGAGUGAUUAUCAGACGACCGUUGAAGUCUAUUCUCUCAAGGAGAAGAGGAAGGUGGCCGUUCUGUACAAGAGUCCGUUGAUACCUCUCACCAGUGCUGUCGACAGCCCUCUCUUCCAGCCACCACCUCCAGCGGGCGAGUUUGUCAUCGACGCCAAAGGAAAGUUUGUAGUAGUUGCAUCAGGUACAAGCGGGGAGGUGUUCGUCUUUGCUCCAUAUGUAGCAGAGCAUGCAGAGUAUACAGAACGAUUUCGAUGUGUCGGCAAAGUCUGGACUUCUGUUCAGAUCCGCGAGCGAAAUAUGCAGUCAAGUGCUUCAAGCGCUGCUGACGGUAGCCAAGAGGACGUUCCUCCUGAAAAGUAUGGGGCUCCGGUCUUCUCACUAUCCGAUCGCUGGCUUGCUGUCACACCGCCCGGAUCUAGCUCUCUAUACCCAGUGAAUGGUACCGCGUUGACCUCGCCUUACUAUGAGCGUCCUCCUGGCAUUGCACACCAUAGUGUCCCACCUCAGCCGUCACCGAACUGUGCCGUGGAUGCCCCUGAGGCAGCUGGUUUGAUCGACCGCAUCACUAGGGAAGGAACCCAGGUCGCGAUCGAGAGUGCACGCUGGGCUACUAAGAGAGGUAUUCAGGCUUUCAAGAGUUACAUGAACAAGGGCUCUCAGGUUAACGGAAACAACGUCACAUAUGGUCAAGACCACAUGCAGCAGUACUUCCCACCUACGCAUGGACAUAACCAAACGCAGCCCAGGCAGGAAGCGACUGUAAUUGCGAUCCAUGAUCUGCAGAAGAUGCUCGAUUCGGAAGAGACGAGGAACAAGAACGCACUCCAACCCAUUGCUACUGUGCCUGCCGCUCUGGGAUGCAGCUUCUUGUCAUUCUCUCCGAGCGGCUUGAUGAUUAUGACUGUUAGCAAGAAGGGUGACUUCCAAGAUGUGUGGGACCUCAAGCGCAUGAACUUCCGACGAGCUCGCAGGACUUCUAGAGAACAGCCUAUCGGCCCACACGUUCGACAGGUGGCGAGGUUCGCUCGUAUGACAGUUACAAAUGUCAUCGACAUUGUUUGGUCUGCGCCAGUAACCGACAAGGUGGCUGUCAUAACUGACAAGGGAACCGUACACAUGUUCAUGAUGCCAGCAUCAGCAUUCCAAUGGCCACCUCCUCGACGGAUACGUCAGGCAUCACCACCACCCAAGGCAAAGGAAGACGCGACUACGGCAGGUCGUGAUGGUGUUGUCAACUCCGCAAUGCAGGCGAUCAAUGGUUCUGCCAAACCGUUUCUCGAUGCUGUACGCGCUCGGAACACUAGCAGUGGACCUCGUUUCAGUCUGGGCAGUUUUGGCAUGACGCCCGCUGCUGGUGCCAAAUCGGGCAAGGCUGUGGCUGCUGGAGUUGGUAAAUCGAUCAAUAACAUCCGACAUGCUGGCGACAACAAACUCACACUCCCUACAUCACCCAGUGGCGUGAAGCCCUACAGCGUACGCUGGCUCACAGGCAAGGGGCGCGGCUCGGUUGGAUUGGUGUCUGGUGGCAUAUUGCAAAUAUGGCGCGUACAAGUGCGUCCAGCAUCUGGCAAAGGAAACUCAGCCAGUGCAACCUCCAUCUCUAAGAAAAAGGUGGCUGAGUUUGGCCUCGCCCCCAUCUGCGAUUCAGCGCUUCCUCCGUCUGUUGCUGAACAGCUGUUCCCUCUCUCAGGUGACCCCGAGCCUACUCAAGAAUUCUACGGGGAAUGGCUUCCUCGGUCGCUACCUGCUCGUAAAACCACGGAACCAUCCCCAGCACCCCUCAGCUUCUCUGAGAUCGAAACGAACCCGGCCUACCAACCUUUCCACACCGAUCGACGUGUGACGAGGUUUGUGUUUUCACGCCCGGCGCCCGAGGUUCAAGGCAGUAGCAGCGAAUACCAUCAGGUAAUUCCAGGGUUGACAUCAAAUUUGCACCAUGACAAUGAUGCCUCGCCGUGGCUUUUCGGUGAGGAUGUUGAGGCGCUGCGUAUCUCGUCGCCGACUACGCGCGUCUUUGACGAGGAAGACGAUCUCGUGACAGGCGUUGCAGCGAGGGUGGAGAACAAACUCGUGCUACGGGACGGAGAGGAGGAGGUGGAGCAGGUUGUUGUCACCACACGACGGAGGCGUGUGAGGAGAGAUGAGGGCGAAGAGGGCUUCUUCGAGGACGACUGUGAGGUUCUGGAUUUUGCGGAGGAUAGGGUCUGAGAUUCUCUGUUUGGGGACCCUCGAGCCUUUGUCUUGAAGGAGGAGACACGUUCUUGAAAGAAGAUUUCCUGGGCUUGAGCACAUGUUCUGGAUCUGAAUCGCGUGGGGAGUGGGCAGGCAACUUUGGCGUAGGGGUUUUCUGCUGCUUGCUUGAUCGUGUCUCGUCGCUGGUUUUGUGUAUAGACUAAUCUACUCGUUAUCCACUCUUU